AUGGGGGUUGACGUGGGGCAGGAGUCGAAGCGGCAGACGGACGUGGUGUUCGACGGGCACCGGUGGACCAAGUACGGGCAGAAGGUGCUGCUGCACUCCAGCUUCGUGCGGUCGUACUACCGGUGCAGCUACUGCAGCGCGGCCAAGGGGUCGUGUCCGGCGCGCAAGCUUGUGGACCGGCAUCCGUCCAACCCGCACGAGAUCCGCGUGGGGUACCACGGGCGCCACAACCACGCGGGCCUCAGCCCCGCGUCGCCCACCAUCCAGCGCUCCGUCACUCCGCCUCGAGACCUGUCCGCGUCGUCGCAAAGCAUGGCUGCUGCUGCUGCUGCUGCUGUCGCUGCUGCUGCGGCGUCUGGUUCUGUGAUGGCGGGUGGUGCUUGGGGGAAUGGGGAGGCGGGGAUGGACGGAGGUGCAGCUGGGGAAGGCCAGUCCGCGGCAGAGGGGGGGAAUGCGCGGAUUCCAAUGCAGUUUGGGGAGGUUGCGAUGGAGGGAGGAGAGGGCGCGGAGGGGGGUGAAGGGGGGGGCCAAGACCUGGACUACAAAACGUUCGAAGCCAUGCUGAGCCGCGGAGAGGAGAUACUAGUGGGGAUGGACGACGAAGGGGAAGAAGAGGGCGAGGGGGUAAGGGAGGGGGAGGGGGAGGGGGAGGGGCAAGGGGAGGGUGGCAGGGAGGGGGCGCAGCAGGGGGGGCGGGGGGAGCAGGCGGAGGUGGAUGAGCGCAGCUGGCGGGCGCUGCAGCUGCCAGAAGACGGGUAUCUGUGGGACCCGCCCCGCCGCCACAAGCCACUCGUCAACUCCAUGUACAUCCGGUGCGUGGGAGAAGGGGAAAGUCCAAUCGAACCCCAGACAGAAGUCAUGGUCUUUGCGUGGCAGCAGCAGCUUUUAGCUUUUGAGUCGACUCAAAAGUCUCUUGUGAACUCCAUGUACAUCCGGUGCGUGGGAGAAGGGGGUGGGUGGGGGGGGGGGUGUGCUUAUGCAUGUGGUGCACCGGGGGGGUUGCUGCAGCUGCCAGAAGACGGGUACCUGGUGGUGUAUCGGUGCGCAUACCACCCAGAGGGCACCACGAGGUGUCCAGCAGUGCGAGUGGUGGAUAUCCACCGCGCCAAUGCCUCCUCCCUGCAGCUCACCUACACGCGCCCCCACUGCCACCCCCAGCCCGUCCGCAUCCGCCUCACCCGCCGCCCCGCCACCCCCCGCUCCUCCACCCCCCCCUCCGCCAGCCCCCCUUCCGCCACCCCCCCCUCCGCCACCCCCCCUUCCGCCAGCACCCGCUCCGCCACCCCCCCCUCCGCCCCCCCCCGCGCCACCACCCCCCGCUCGCGCUCCCUCUCUGCUGGCAGGCGCAAGGGGGAGGGGGGCGGGCGUGGGGAAGGCAGGGGAGGGGCUGGGGACGGGGGAGGAGUGGGGGAAGGGGGGAGAGUUGGGGAAAAAGGGGUGGGGGGCGGGGCGGAAGUGGAAUUGAGGGCGCUGGUGAAGAGGGAGGGCGGAGGAGAGGGAAGGAGUAGUGGGAGGGGCGGGGGGCGGGGAGAGGGGUCGGUAGGGGGGAGUGUUGGGGGGGAGCAAGGUACAAGGGAUGAUGAGGGUGUGGGUAGAGGUGUUAGGUGGAAUGGGGCAGUGAUGGGGGGAGUGGCUGGGAUGGUGGGCGCAGAUGGCAUGGGGGGGGGAGUGGAUGCGGGGAUGGGAGCAAACGAGACAGGCAAAGCAGAAGAGAUGGUGGGAGGAGAAGGGAAGGUGGGAGGAGAGGGGGUGCCGGGAGGAGGAGUGAUGGUGGGAGCAGGGGCAGAUGUGAGGGGUGACUCUGGCUUGAGUGCUGGCACUGGUGGUGGUGGAAGAGGGGGUGGAAGUGCGGGCUUAAGUGCUGGUACUGGGCUAAGCACGGGGGGGUUGAGUGCAGGGGCUUUGAGUGGUGGGGGCAUGGGAGGGGGGUUGAGUGCAGGGGGAGUGAGUGGUGGGGCAGAAGCACAGGGAGCAGGGGGGUUCGGGGGAGUUGGUAACCUUGCUGAUUCAAGUGGUUUUGGAUUUGCUGGUGGUGGGGGUGAUGAUGACUUGCCGCUGGGGUUUGCAGCAGCAGAGCCAGGUGUUUCCGCAGGUGGUUCUGGGGCUGUGGGCGAUGCAGCCUUUUCAGCCGGCAGCAACGCGCGGCCGGCGUGGAUGGGAGCAUGGGAGGCACCUGAAGCCAACGGUCAGGAUCCUCCGGAUGAGCUCCCGUCUUUCCUCAGGGAUAUUCAGGCAGGAGGGCUGUCGAUGCUAGGAGGAGGGGGGAGAGGGGCAGCGGCAGCAGCAGCAGGGGGUGAGGGUGGGGGGACAGUAGCACGGCUGUCGUCAGUUGAAGGGAAGGAGUUGCAGAACCUGCUUCGCUUUGGCAGCAUGGGGGGCCUUUUGGCCCCUCCGCUUUCCAGAUUAGGGUCCCUGGCGGCAGGAGGAGGGGCAGCAGGAGGAGGAGGGGGGGCAGGUGGGGGUGGAAAUGAGAGAGAGACAGUGGCGCGGCCAGUAGAAGGAAGAGAGUUGCAGAACCUGCUUCGGUUCGGCAGUAUGGGAGGGCUUUUAGCCCCUCCGCUUUCCAGACUAGGGUCCCUUGCGGCAGGAGGGGCUGCAGCAGGGGGGGCGGCAGGAGGAGGAGCAGGGGUAGGAGGUGGGGGGGCAGCAGCAGGGGGAAACGAGAGGGAGACAGUGGCACAGCUGUCAUCAGUGGAUGGGCGGGAGCUGCAGAACCUGCUUCGCUUUGGCAGCAUGGGGGGGCUUCUGGCCCCUCCGCUCACACGUCUUGGCUCACAGGCAGCAGCAGCUGCUGCUGCUGCUGCUACUGCUGCUGCAGCUGGUGCUCGCCGCCCGGGGUCCCCUCCCCCCCAUCGCCUGGCGCGCGUUGAUUCGCUCACUUCCAACUCGCCUCUCACCUCGCCCACUCCUGUUGCUUGGGGGCAGCAGCAGCGCGGUGGGUAUGGGAACGGCUUGGCCGAUAGGGGUUGGGAAAGAGGGGAAGGAGAGGGGGAGGAGAGGGGAGAAGGGAGGAGAGAGGGAAGGGAAGAAGGAGGUGGGGAGGGAGGAGGGGAAGGAGGGGGAGAAGGAGGGGGAGAGGGAGGGGGAGAGGGAGGGGGAGAGGGAGGGGGAGAGGGAGGGGGAGAGGGAGGGGGAGAAGGAGGGGGAGAGGGGAACAUUGGCAUUGGUGGUGGUGGUAUGGGUCUGGGGAUGGGUGGAGAGGGGGAGUGGGGGUCACCAGGAUCCAGGCAUGGGGGUCACCAGGGAGAUCUGUUGAGUCUACUGCGUUAUGGCAGUAUGGGUGGACUCAUUCUCGGCUCCAAGUCACCCCCCUCCGCCCCCACUCCUCUCGGAUCCUCCCUGAAGUUCCAACCUGGGUUUUCCCCUGGGUUUUCACCUGGCCCAGGGAAGAGCAGAGGCGCAGCAUCAGCAUCAGGGUCACCCAUACCAUCCCCGCAAGGAGCGCAGCAGGGCGGGAAGGAGCUGGGGCUGAAUGGGCUGAAUGGGCAACCAGCAGCACUCAGAGCCGGCGCGGCUGCUGCUUUCGGCCCAUCCAGCCAGGCAGCAGGGGAGGCCGCUUGGGCGGAGACAGGGCGAAAGGAGAUCACUCACGCUGCCACAGGCAGGCGCAUGGAGAG